AUGAAGCUCUCCAAGACCAUCGACAACUGGAGACGUCGCAGUUCUGUUGAGCAAAGCUCUCGGUGGGUCGGUCAGCAUGAGGGAUAUGACACCAAGCCACUGCCUCGCCUGACGUGGGUGGGGUUCUCCAUGGGUGUUCUGGUUUCUAUGGGUGGCUUUGUCUUCGGCUACGACACCGGACAAAUCUCCGGCUUCCUCGCCAUGCCAGAUUUCUUGCGACGGUUUGGCCAGCGACACACAAACGGAGACACCCCUGAGUAUUACUUCUCCAACGUAAGGUCAGGCCUUAUCGUGGGCUUGCUAUCAAUUGGCACGCUCUUUGGUGCUCUUGCUGGUGCCCCAAUUGCAGACUGGAUUGGAAGAAAGUUGAGCAUCAUCUUUUGGUGCCUCGUCUUUUCUGUUGGCAUCAUCGUGCAGAUCAGCGCAACGGACAAGUGGUAUCAGAUAAUGCUUGGUCGUCUCGUAGCUGGCUUUGGCGUUGGCGCACUGAGUCUUCUCGUACCAAUGUAUCAGGCCGAGACAGCUCCUCGCCACAUUCGGGGGGCUCUAAUCAGCACGUACCAGCUCAUGAUUACAUUUGGCAUCUUCCUUGCGGCUGUAUUCAACUACGCCGCAGAAAAACACCAGUCCGGCAACGCGGCCUCGUGGCAGAUCACCUUGGGCCUGUCCUUCGUUUUCCCCGCUAUCCUUGUUGGCGGUAUUCUCUUCUUCUCCGAGACGCCACGGUUCUUGUUCAGACAAGGCAAGGAAGAAGAAGCAAAGCAGACCAUGUGCAAAGUUUAUGGAGUGGGAGAAAACCAUUACGCCAUCCAUAUGGAGUUGGAAGAGAUCAGAAUGAAGCUCGCAGAAGAGACUAACAAAGGGAGUGCAAUCCAAGAGUGGUUCGGGAUGUGGAAAGCACCAAAGAUGGCGUAUCGACUGGCUAUCGGAAUGGGACUGCAGAUGUUCCAGCAGCUCACAGGCGCCAACUACUUCUUCUACUACGGCACCGUAAUCUUUCGCGGUACCGGCAUAAACAACUCGUUCGUGACACAAAUGAUCCUGAACGGCAUCAACUUCGGCGUGACCUUUUACGGCCUCUACAUUGUCGAGCACUACGGCCGUCGCAAGUCUCUCAUCGCAGGCUCCAUCUGGAUGUUCAUUUGCUUUAUGAUCUUCGCCUCGGUGGGUCACUUUGCGCUCGAUCGAAACACGCCGGAGAACACGCCUCACGCUUCCGUCGCCAUGAUCGUCUUCGCCUGCUUCUUCAUCUUCGGAUUCGCAACAACGUGGGGACCCAUGAUAUGGACAAUCUGCGGCGAGCUGUAUCCCAGCCGCUACCGCGCGAAGGCAAUGGCCCUCAGCACAGCCAGCAAUUGGCUCUGGAACUUCCUCCUCGCCUUCUUCACCCCCUUCAUCACCGGCGCCAUUGACUUCCGCUAUGGCUACGUCUUCGCGGGCUGCAAUGUGCUUGCGGGGUUUGGGAUCUACUUCUUCGUCAUCGAAGGCCAGGGUCGCACGCUGGAGGAGAUCGACACGAUGUAUCUACUGGGAGUGAAACCAUGGGAAAGCGCCAAGUGGGUGGUGCCAGACCUGGAUGAGCUGGACCCCAAGACGAGGCGCGCGUUAGAAGAGACGAACCCGGAGAUUGCGGCCGCGGCUCAGAGGGAGAGCAAUGCGGUGGAUGGGACGGAGAAGACGGAGAAGGAGGAGAUGGAGGCAUAG